ACGAGUUUUGGAUUUGGUGAUAUUGCGCCGAGUGAAAGAACCAUAAAGAAACGUGAUAUUAAUAAUCCAGGCACAUUAAGAGCAAUUUUCGCAACGGGAUUAAAAUGAAGCCCAGUGCUGUAAAAUUCGAGUGUAAAAGGCAAUUGCAUAUGAAAUAAUUGAUUUACAACGAGUAAUAACAGCAAUCAGUGAGCGGAACGUUGGGUGCGAAAAGAGAAAUGAUUCAAACCGUUUGAACUUGAACCAGAGGGUGUUCCACGGGCGAAGAAAAUUGAGCUAACCAGCGGAAUUCACGCAUAGUUAGUAAACAUCCGCGGUUGGAACAACAAUGGAUUAUCGGCAGUUAACGUUCACGCUGCUUUUCAUAUGCUCAACAAUCGCAGUGGAAGUUUCGAACCCAAGUGGAUUGUAUUCAGCUAGUAGCAACGAUCUCACCAACACAGCGCGACCAUUUACCAACGAUGACGAACUUCCGAAGCUCCGCCGACAGAAGCGUCAGGAUAUCGAAAUACAUCGUGUCAUAAAAAGAAGACCUAAACUACCACCUCCAAUUCCACGGGGUCGGAAGCCAAGACCACCAAGGCGACCACCGAAGCCAAAAGUAAAAUAUGGGCCACCAAACGUGAAUUAUCCGCCACUAUCCCAUUACAAUCCGCACAGUUUUGACGAUUCGUUUAGCCAAAGUUUUGAAACGACGUUUUCAGAACAAAACUCAUUCGGAGAACCUCCCAACAGCUAUGGAAAUCCAAUUCAUCCAUCGCCUGCGUUCGGCUCGCCACCAUUUGCCUAUGGUCAAGGUACGACAGUCUAUCAAGGGGCAUCUUUCGGAAAACCAAACAUUGAGAGCGCAAAUUUUGAAGGGCUUGGAAAACCCCCCUUUAGUUCCUCUAAUUUAGAAGGGAUAGACUUUUCCAAAUUUCCAGGGUUAACAGAACACCCGUCACCCAAUUUUCCUGCGAACAGAAUACCUGGUUUUAGCGGAGCUUCUUCGUCGACACUAUAUAGUUACAAUAAACAACCUUCCUUUCAAUCACCAUCGACAUUCUCCGGAAAUGGGCCGCCCUCAUUCGGUAAUAACAAAUCGCCACCCUAUCAAAUAUUCCAAGGAAGUGGAUCCAGUUUCAAUCCCCAUAAGGAUUUAUCGGGCUACAGCCAAUUAACAGAAGUCAAUGGUCCGAAGCAUCAGUUCCCUCUGGAGGGCUACAGUAAGGAUCCGUAUAAGACACCAUUAACCUCCUACGAAGUCCCGUUGUCACACACAAAGUCACACUUAUUUGAGCCAGAUAAAGAUUUUGACUUCAGAAAGCCACAAAAUUCCUAUUCAAACAGUGGUGUUUCCUCAACACAUAGCACUUCUCACAGUUCAAUCGACGACGGAGAUGAACAAUACUAUCCUAGUCUACCGAAUCGAUACGAACAGGAGCAGUUCCACAACCCCGCGAAAUCAAAUCCUAACAAAUCUUUGCCCAGUACUGUACAAACUAUUACGGACAAUGAUCCGUUCUCGUCGUACUACGACGGGGUUUCUGAAUCACAAAAAGUAUCCGUAAAGGCUACGAGUCCAACAGAAGCAAGCCUGACGCUAGACAACCUCUACUCAUCAACUACCAAACGAAAUAAGUCACGGCGUAAGAAAAAACCCAAGCCCGUUGUUUUUCCUGUAGGCCACAAUUUGGAUACGGAUGAUUUACGCGACGCAUACGGAUCAAGCUCAGAUUUCCACCAAGUCGCAAUCGGUGCAGAUGAAUUUCUGGAAUUCGAACCACAAAAGCAGAUGAAACACUCCAAACCAGUUGGAGUUACCAAGACACGCGAGGAAGACAAAUCACCGGUUAACUUCGUGUUGCUGUCAUCGCAAAAUAAGGGUCACGGAGGUAAACCCUCAAACCAUCGGAAUCCGCCACACAAUCCGAAUUACUCGGAUAACUCACAAAUUUUACCGGCAUCUGAUUUCAAAACUCUUAAUCUGAACUACUUCAAAAAUAUGGAACCGAAUCAGAAACUGACUGCAUCCAAACCGGCUGGUCUAGAGGACGUAAAUAUUCUUUCGAUACAGAAGUCAAACUCCAAAAGCUACUACGCCGGAACCAGUGAUACUGAACCGAUGCUGUACAAUGGAUUCCUGCCGACACGCCGCAAUGGAGGAUACUAUAGAGCCAAUAUGGACUAUGAAAUGCUGGAUGUUGAUGACGAAAGCGAAGGCGGAGCGAUUGAUAGAAGGCCACUGGAAGAAAAAUUGACCAAUAGUAGGACUAAAAAAGAUCUGCUAGCUAAGCAGACAGGCGACACCUGAAUGGACUACGAGACUGUGAACG